ACCAAAUAACCGAUCCACGUCUAACGUUGCCUGGUCACACUGUAAACCACCCAGCCAGGCACCACCUCACUUUGCUACUUUCCAUCUCCCCAAGCCAUGCUAUUUAUUUCUCAUUUUUCCAAAACUUAUUGUUUUGUCUUUCUAGAAAAACCGUACUUUCCGCUACGUUUUGCUGUACACAACAACAUCACUCCUCACUUGACCAACUUCUCCACCAGCCACCCUAAAAAAACCCUAGGUCUGCUAUAGAACUCAAAUUUUCUGGUUCACUGUCGGAGUUUGACUCCCAUAAGAAAAUAUCGAAAUGCUGGUUUCGGUGUUUUUGGCGAUGUUUGUGCCGUGCGUGGGGAUGAGCGUGGUGUUCGUAGUGUACGUCUGUCUGUUAUGGUACGCUACGAACAACCAAGCCGCCAACGUUGGGCUACCUGUCAAGCAGAUUUCCGAGAAUGGAUUGUCGGCGUCAGAACUCGACAAGCUGCCUAAAAUUACAGGGAAAGAGGUGAUGGCGGAGAGGAGGGAGUGCGCGGUGUGUCUGGACGAUAUCGAGGGAGAGCAACCGGCGCGGGUGGUUCCCGGUUGUAACCACGCCUUCCAUCUGCUGUGCGCCGAUACCUGGCUUUCGAAACACUCGUUUUGUCCGGUUUGUCGGGCCAAACUCCACCCGGUUCUUCAGUCUCUCGAUUCAUCUGAAAAUCAGUGUUGAUUAAGAAACAAACGAAAAUAUUGCAGAGAACAAGCAAAAGCUAGCUCUGCUUUUGUUUUCACCGAGGGUUGGUGAUUAGCUGUCCAUUAAUGCUAAUCAGUCUUGAUUAGCAUUGGAAUCCGUUGGCAUUCAUGGUAACUAUCACUUUUGAUUCGAAACAUCAACCAUUUUUGCUACUGUAUUUUCAAAAAAUUUGUUAUUAGCAAUUAGUUUAUUAUUAUUGUUUCGGGUCGAAAUUAUUA